GACAUGUUGAUCAUCUCGAGCCAUUCGUAUGAUCAAGAUGGGUUUAAGGGCGAUUAUUUCGCAGCCGCCAUCAAGGUUUGCCGACCGAGCGCGGCGGGCCAGGAUGCGGGGCCUCCACUCGCGUAUGUCGAGAGCAUCUCUCUCCAACUCUCAUUCGAGAAUGUCGAAGCCAUGGAUACCCUUGAUUGGGAUGCCUUGCGAGCCGUCGUUGAUUCCCCGCACAUGCACUACCUUCGUAUCCGCUAUUUCCAGCAACGAAACAAAGAUUUCGAGACGGCAAAGAGAGUCCUUUGCUCUGUGCUGCGCCGUACGCAGCUGACCUGGGCUCUCGAGUCGGGUAAACUGCAGUUCGGGAGGCUCACGGGUGAUCCCGUCACGAGUGCAGAUAUCUUGUCGGUACCGGCGGAACACAUCAUCGACGGCAUCACCACUAUCACCCUCGACAUCGCCGAGCAAGCCGACUGGUUGCUGUACCCUGUCCAGCGGCGCCAUCUCGCGAGGGACACUACAAGAGAAGAGUACCUACGACAGCUCGUAGCCGCGCGUGCGAGCGGAGCAUCUGCGAACUUGGGCUCAGAGGUCGCGCCACCCAUUGCAGGUAGUACUCAGCACACGGCGCUCGAGCAGACCCCAUGAGGCGGCAGACGACAGUGCGCAGGGAGUCAAAGUGUACGAGGGAGCGGGCGGCGGAGGCGAGGAGGACCUGGCAACGGAGACGUAGGGCGGACGUGGACAUCGGGCACUAGCAGAGCGCACUGUCGGGCGAGCGGACGAACUUUGGAGUAGGGACGGGGCGUGGCCAGAAGCAUCGCCCGCUGUGGGGAGCCUAGGGUGUCGCGUCGGAGUCGGAGAAGAUUGAGGAUGAAGAGAAGCGAGGGAGCAAUGGGGCAGAGAAGAGCCGUGAGCCGGCGAAGAUUCUCCCCAGGUGCGGAGAAAGAUGGUUAGGGCAGUUGCACUGAGGUCGGACACUUAAGUUGCGGGCGUUAUCGACAGAACGCUGCGAAUGCGC